AUGGCUCAUUUGGUUUAUGGUGAAACUCCAUCCUUUGGAGCUUCACACCAUGGACAGGCUCAGCAAAUUAUUCCGUUUGCAACCAAUGGAACUUCCUUAAGGAUCCUACUUUUACAUGGCAACUUGGAAAUAUGGGUCAACGAGGCCAGAAACCUUCCUAACAUGGACAUGUUUCACAAGAAAACGGGAGAAAUGAUUUCCAUGUUGUCCCGGAGACUUGGCGGCAAAAUCGAAAGCCACAUUUCCAAAGCUGGAACCAGUGAUCCCUAUGUUACGGUGUCUGUGGCGGGUGCGGUGGUGGCCAGAACUUUUGUCAUUAGAAACAGCGAGAACCCCAUUUGGACGCAGCAUUUCAAUGUCCCCGUUGCGCACCUUGCUUCUGAAGUCCACUUCGUUGUCAAGGACAGUGAUAUUGUGGGUUCUCAGAUUAUAGGAGCAGUGGGAAUUCCAGUGGAGCAGUUAUAUAGUGGCACAAGAGUUGAGGGCCUUUUCCCCAUCCUUGGUGCUAAUGGAAAACCAUGUAAGGGUGGAGCAGUGCUGAGUUUAUCCAUUCAAUACACCCCUGUUGAAAAGGUGGCUCUGUAUAGCCACGGAGUAGGUGCUGGUCCUGAUUAUCAAGGGGUCCCUGGCACCUACUUUCCCCUUAGAAAAGGUGGAAAAGUUACACUUUAUCAAGAUGCUCAUGUUCAUGGAGGUUGCCUUCCCAGUUUGAAGGUGGAUGGGGAUGUGGAUUAUAAGCAUGGAAGUUGUUGGCACCACAUCUUUGAUGCAAUAAGUCAGGCUCGUCGAUUGGUUUAUAUUAUGGGGUGGUCUGUGUACUACAAUGUUAGUCUCAUUCGGGAUAAGCAUGAUGGAAAGGCUUACACUUUAGGUGACCUUCUCAAAGAUAAAUCACAAGAAGGUGUGAGAGUGCUGCUCCUUGUGUGGGAUGAUCCCACUUCUGGAAGCGUGCUUGGAUAUAAAACGGUUGGACUUAUGAACACUCAUGAUGAGGAUACUCGCGAGUUUUUCAAGCACUCUUCAGUACGGGUGCUUCUUUGUCCACGAGCCGGUGGAAAAGGACAUAGCUUUCUCAAAACGCAGGAAGCUGGAACAAUCUAUACCCAUCAUCAGAAGACAGUCAUUGUAGAUGCUGAUGCUGGCCACAGUAAAAGAAAGAUAAAAGCUUUUAUCGGAGGUCUUGAUUUAUGUUUGGGUCGAUAUGAUACCCCAAACCAUUCCCUCUUCAGGACUUUGCAGACAACACACAAAGAUGACUAUCAUAAUCCUAACUUUGAGGGGCCUGUCACUGGUUGUCCAAGACAACCAUGGCAUGAUUUGCAUUCCCAAGUUGAUGGUCCAGCAGCAUAUGACAUCCUCACCAAUUUUGAGGAACGUUGGUUGAGGGCUUUAAAAAUGAAUAGGUUUCAAAAGAUGAAAAGUUCACAUGAUGAUUCGUUACUUAAGAUUGACAGAAUCACUGACAUUGUUGGCAUUGAUGACGUUCCUUCCCAAAACGAAGAUAACCGGGAGACUUGGCAUGUCCAGGUCUUCAGAUCAAUUGAUUCCAAUUCUGUGAAAGGAUUUCCAAAGGAACCACAGGAUGCAAUAAGAAGGAACUUGGUUUGUGGAAAGAAUGUACUGAUAGACAUGAGCAUACAUUCUGCUUAUGUCAAGGCAAUUCGAGCAGCUCAAAAGUUCAUCUAUAUUGAGAACCAAUACUUUCUUGGCUCAUCAUAUAAUUGGGAUUCUUACAAAGACCUUGGUGCUAACAACUUAAUUCCAAUGGAAAUUGCAUUAAAAAUAGCCAGCAAAAUCAAACAGCAUGAACGAUUCUCUGUGUAUAUUCUCAUUCCUAUGUGGCCUGAAGGAGUACCUAAAGGUACACCUACUCAGCGGAUUCUCUUUUGGCAGUUUAAAACAAUGCAAAUGAUGUAUGAAACGAUUUACAAGGCCUUACAGGAGGCUGGGCUCGACAAUCAGUAUGAACCACAAGACUACUUGAACUUCUUUUGCCUUGGUAAUCGGGAAAUCCUUGACGACGGAAAUGUUUCAAAUGUUACAAAAACUACAAGAGAAAACACACCUCAGGCACUCACUAAAAAGAACAGAAGAUUCAUGAUUUAUGUUCAUUCAAAAGGAAUGAUAGUGGAUGAUGAAUAUGUGUUACUGGGGUCUGCUAACAUUAACCAGCGAUCCAUGGAAGGCACCAGAGAUACAGAGAUAGCAAUGGGAGCAUAUCAGCCUAAUCAUACUCGAGCAAAGAAGCAAUCUAAACCUCGUGGACAGGUGCAUGGUUAUAGAAUGUCACUGUGGAGCGAACAUAUAGGAAGUGUGGAAGAAUGUUUUGAAGAACCAGAGAGCCUUGAGUGUGUAAGACGGAUAAGGUCACUGAGUGAGUCUAACUGGAGACAGUAUGCAGCUGAUGAGGUAACUGAAAUGAAAAGCCAUUUGUUAAAAUAUCCCCUUGAAGUUGAUUCAAAGGGCAAGGUGAAGCCUCUUCCUGGCUCUGAGACAUUCCCAGACGUUGGGGGGAACAUAAGUGGCACUUUCACAGUACUCAAAGAAAAUCUCACCAUCUGA